UGUCACAACAAAAAGACCAUCAGCUAUGGUGGCUGUGUGGCCCAGCUCAUCAUCUUCCUGGCCCUGGGUGCUACUGAGUGUCUCCUGCUGGCUGUUAUGGCCUUUGACAGGUAUGUGGCGAUUUGCAGACCACUCCACUAUAUAGUCAUCAUGAAUCCUAAGUUGUGCUUAAAAAUGGUAGCCUUCUCAUGGCUCACUGGCUUCAGCAACUCAGUGUUGCAGUCUUCCUUGACCCUUAACAUGCCACGCUGUGGGCAUCAGGAAGUGGACCACUUUUUCUGUGAGGUUCCUGCUCUUCUCAAGUUGUUAUGUACUGACACAAAGCCUAUUGAGGCUGAGUUCUUUUUUUUAGGAGUAUUAAUUCUGCUAAUUCCAGUAACAUUGAUCCUCAUCUCCUAUGGCUUCAUAGCUCAAGCAGUAUUGAGAAUCAGGUCAGCAGAAGGACGACGAAAAGCUUUUGGGACAUGUGGGUCCCACGUAGUUGUGGUGUCUCUCUUUUUUGGAACAAGCAUCUACAUAUAUCUACAACCACCUGCAUCCACAUCUAAGGACUGGGAAAAAAUAGUUUCCCUCUUCUAUGGGAUAUUCACACCUAUGUUGAACCCUCUCAUUUACAGCCUUAGAAAUAAAGAUAUGAAGGACGCCUUCAAAAGGGUGUUGCCAAUAAUCCUUUUCUAUAAGAAAUAAGUGCUCCAUUGUCAUGAGAAACUUCUGUGUCUCUCUUUAUCCUUGAAAAUUAUAGUAAGGUUUGAACUGCUUUUUCUAUUGCUCAGGCUCUUACGAUUUUAUUGAAUUGUACCAAGAGCUUAGAAAAAUUAUUUCUCUGUUCAGGAAGCAAUGCUGAGAUUGUAACAUUUCUUUUCUGAAUUCAAAACUUUUGCUUUCCAGAGUUUCCCUAAGGCGCUGUCUUCCUGAGGCCAAGUCAUGGGAAUUUCCUCCUGUCAAUGACAAAAGUAGUCAGGACAUGAAUGGAUUACAUUUCCCCUUAUAUACUCUUUGUUCAAGAACCAUCCUGCCAACCACCUAGUUAGGGUUUCCACAUGUCUGUAAUUAUAUAUCCAGUGAGCCCAAGCAAAAAAUAUUCCUGACAGCACCCAUGUCCUCAGCACUUUACAUUUAUUUUCACAUUCCUUGAUAAAAAUCCAUCAUAUGAACCUUCCAGAACUGUUCUAAGUAUGUAGUCUGUCUCAAACCUAGCUGGCAUUAAACUAGCUAAGCAUGUGCGUCUUGUACUAGAAACC